UCUAAUUUGCUUUUUCUGGAUUUUUUGUGUUCUGUGCAGUUUGUCUUCUAUUUAAAUUCUGUCUUGAUAUAAACUCAGUCAAACUGUCAAUUUUCAAGGGUUUUACUCAAUUAUUCGAUCACCUUUAAUGGGAUUUAAUUGUCGCCUUAACUAUUGACCGGCUCCUGUCGGUGGCCAAACCUGUUUGGCAUCGUAAGUUCUUCAUAACAAGUAGCUGCACUGGAAGUGGGCUUGGCUGGCACAGGAAGUGGGCAAGGCUAGCACAGGAAGUGAACAUGACCAGGGCGUGGCCUGCUACCUUUCUCAUGGGAAGAGCAACUUUGCUGUGCUUGGCGUCAGUGUCAACUGUGAAAAAAAGGUAUUUUACGAUUUCUUCUGUUUUUGCUUAUUUGUAACAAAGCCAACAUGAGUAAACACAAAAUACAGCUUUUCAUUUAUUAAAGUAAAGAAUUAAUCAAAACCCAUAUAACCCAUGUAAAAAGUGAGUGCCCCCUAAACCUAUUAACUGGUUGUGUCACCCUCGGCGGCAACAACUGGCAAUGAGGCUUUUACUAGAACAUAAAAAUUACAUUACAUACUAUGUUUACCGCCGCCAUUUUCGUUUGUUCGUUAUUCUGUUUCAACAACCAAAACGCAACAUUUGGAGUGUUUUCGAGCAAAAACGUCCUUUUUAAGGUCAUGCCACAGCACCCCAAUCGGAUUCAUGUCGGGAAUUAUAGUAGGCUACUCAGAAACCUUCAGUUUGUUUCUUUUGAGCCAUUCAGAGGUGGACUUGCUCGUGUGCUUCAGGUCAUCGUCCUGCUGCAUGACCCAACUGCGCUUGAGCUUUAGGUGUUGAACUGAAAAAAAUCUCAGGAUUUUCUAGUAGAGAGCAGAAUGGUUUCUUAAUAAUGUCGCUACCUUAAUUUUUAAUUAGAAAAUAUGAUAUCCCUGGUGCCAGUAGACAUGGACUCUAAUAACGCUAAAAAUUCAAUUGAAAAGGAGGUCUUUUGAAGACAGGAACCACAAAGAACAUAAAAAUAGAAAAAUCACAUACCACCCACAAGUUCUUAUUUAGAAGUCCCUCUUUUUGCCAAGGCUACUCCCAGCCCAAUACUCCUCCAACCCCAUAUGCUAUCUGGGACUUGCCCUGCCUUUACUGACAGCUGACCCCACCCAUUACAUUAUUAACACCACCCCUUAUGCAGCUAACCACACCCAUGUGAAUGGCUAGCCAUGUCCCGUGUGAAGCCACCUCCCCAGAAGUGGAAGAGCGCCAGUCUGCAGGGCCGAGAUCUGUCUCUAUUUCUAAUAUUUUUUCCCGUUCUUUCAGGUUUCAGCCAUGAGAACGGAGAAUGUGGCCGUCCAAUACGCCAGCUUUAUAUUACACAUCCUCACCUGUGUCAUCGGGGUGCUGGGCAACGCCACUGUUAUCUAUGUUUACGGUUUUAUAAUGAAAACAAAUAAGUCUAAAAUCUGGUUUCUGAACCUGGCCGUAGCGGAUUUCGUCUUCGUCCUGUGCCUGCCGCUGAAUGCCGUGGCAAUAUUUACGAGCAACUGGCCUUUCGGGCCCCACGUGUGUAAACUGUAUCACUUCCUUUCUAUAUGUAACAUGUAUGUCAGUAUAUUCACAAUUACCGCCUUAACUAUUGACCGGCUCCUGUCGGUGGCCAAACCCAUCUGGCAUCAUAAGUUCUUCUCCCGGCGGUUCUCUUACUGGAUCUGUGCCUUCAUUUGGGUGUUAACGGUACUGGCCAGCCUUCCGGCAUUAUUUUUUAGUGUUGAAUACAAGACAGCUGAACACACGGAAUGUAGACUGUUUGAUAUUGAACAUAUUAAUAAUGAGGUCAAUAAGGACCAAACACUUGAUGACUACAGUUACUUUCCAGAAAAUUCCUGGAUUUAUUACGAAAACCAAACAGAAAUAACCAGUAACCAAUCACUGAGCCCCUUUGGUUGGCCAGACAAUUUUUUCAGUGGACCGUGGAUGCCAGAGACAAACCUAACAGAACCGGUUAUUAACCAAACCUCAAGGGGACAUGAAGAAAACACUUUUUCAAGAGGUAUGGCGUAUUUUCCAGUUCCUGUUGCUAUUCCGGAAUGCAUUGGCAAUGUCUGUAGUAUUGACAUGACCCCCGAUGAAUGGAAUAGAAUGAUGCAUAUAAGAGAGAGCAUUAUCUUACCUCUUUUAGUCAUCUGUUACAUUAUCCCUCUCUGCACAAUCCUGAUUUCCAAUGUAAUAAUUGUCUGUCGGGUUACAAAAUCCCAAAAAGAAAAGUCUUCUAGACUGUAUCAGAUUACAGUGACAGUGGUGGUGGUCUACUUCCUAACGUGGACACCACUGGUUGUUGGGCAACUCACGUUACUGGCGUGUGCUCGAAGUAUACACUUUGCCGUAAUGAAGAAAGUCUAUAUGAUUUUGCCUUUACUAUACAGCAUUGGCUAUACUAAUAGCUGCUUAAACCCUAUUAUAUAUGCGCUGGUUGGUAAACAGGUUAGGAGAGCACUUAGAGAAUUUGUUAGCUCCUUACAACAGAGCUUUUCCAGGAGUUCCCCCAAUAACCAGUAAAGUUUCAAGUGGCUCAAAAUAAAAUAUUGGACUUAUUCAUGAGAUUCUGAUUUUUUAGGCAUUACCAUUGAAAAAUAUCAUGUUUCUGUUCUGUAGGCCUAAGACUUCUUGUGACUUAUUGUGAUUCAUGUGAACUUCACAGCUGUAUUCGGAUGUAUUACUGUAAUAAACCUGCUUGCUUACCA